GGGGAGGCAGCUGCACCUCUGGACCAUGGGGGAUGGGGGCGUCGGCGCAGGAGGAGAGAGGGCGAACCACUCCCACGUCCUGUUCGACCGCUUCGUCCAGGCCACCACCUGCAAGGGCACGCUCAAGGCCUUUCAGGAGCUCUGCGACUUCCUGGAGCUCAAGCCCAAUGAGUACCGCGUCUUCUACCACAAGCUCAAGUCCAAGCUCAACUACUGGAAGGCCAAGGCGCUGUGGGCCAAGCUGGACAAGCGGGCCAGCCACAAGGACUACAAGAAGGGCCGCGCAUGUGCCAACUCCAAGUGUCUGAUCAUCGGUGCGGGACCAUGCGGUCUCCGCACAGCCAUCGAGCUGGGCUUCCUGGGGGCCAAGGUGGUGCUCCUGGAGAAGAGAGACGCCUUCUCCCGCAACAACGUGCUCCACCUCUGGCCCUUCACCAUCCAGGACCUGCGGGGCCUCGGAGCCAAGAAGUUCUACGGGAAGUUCUGCGCCGGAGCCAUCGACCACAUCAGUAUCCGGCAGCUGCAGCUGAUGCUGCUGAAAGUGGCCCUGCUCCUGGGCAUCGAGAUCCACGUCAACGUGGAGUUCAAGGGGCUGAUUGAGCCGCCGGAGGACCAGGAGAACGAGAGGGUAGGAUGGAGGGCAGAGGUCCAUCCUCGAACGCAUCCGGUCAACGAGUUUGAGUUCGACGUCAUCAUCGGGGCGGAUGGGAGGAGGAACACGCUGCCAGGAUUCCGCAGGAAGGAGUUCCGGGGCAAGCUGGCUAUCGCCAUCACCGCCAACUUCAUCAACCGCAACACCACAGCCGAGGCCAAGGUGGAGGAGAUCAGUGGUGUGGCCUUCAUCUUCAACCAGAAGUUCUUCCAGGACCUGCGGGAAGCCACGGGAAUUGACCUGGAAAACAUUGUGUACUACAAGGACGACACGCACUACUUUGUGAUGACGGCCAAGAAGCAGAGCCUGUUGGAGAAGGGGGUCAUCCUUCAUGACUACACGGACACAGAGCUGCUCCUCUCGCGGGGGAACGUGGACCAGGCGGCCCUGCUCUCCUACGCCCGCGAGGCCGCCGACUUCUCCACCAAUCACCAGCUGCCCACGCUGGACUUCGCCAUCAACCACUACGGGCAGCCGGACGUGGCCAUGUUCGACUUCACCUGCAUGUACGCCUCGGAGAACGCCGCCCUGGUGCGCCAGCGCAACGGACACCAGCUGCUGGUGGCCCUGGUGGGGGACAGCCUGCUGGAGCCCUUCUGGCCCAUGGGCACCGGCAUUGCGAGAGGCUUCCUGGCAGCCAUGGACUCGGCCUGGAUGGUACGCAGCUGGGCACAGGGCAGCUCCCCUCUGGAGGUGCUGGCAGAGAGGGAGAGCAUCUACCGCCUCCUCCCUCAGACGACCCCCGAGAACGUCAGCAAGAACUUCAGCCAGUACAGCGUGGACCCCACCACGCGGUACCCCAACAUCAGCCUGCACUUCCUGCGGCCCAAUCAGGUGCGACACCUUAUCGACACGGGAGAGUCCAGGGAUUUGCGUAUUGACCUGGAAAAUGUGGUGAACUCCUCAACGCCCAAGCUAACGCGCAAUGAAAACGGUCAGCUUCAGACCCUUUUGCAAGAAUCCGUGGCGCGCUCCAGCAAGCUGCUGAGCUGGUGCCAGCGGCAGACCGAGGGCUACAGGCACGUCAGCGUCAGCGACCUCACCAUGUCCUGGAAGAGCGGGCUGGCCCUGUGCGCCCUCAUCCACCGCUACCGCCCCGACCUCAUUGACUUUGACUCCCUGGAGGAGCAUGAUGUCGAGAGGAACAACCAGCUGGGGUUCGACGUGGCCGAGCGCGAGUUUGGCAUCUCCCCCAUCAUGACGGGCAAGGAGAUGUCCUCCGUGGGCGAGCCCGACAAGCUCUCCAUGGUCAUGUACCUCAGCCAGUUCUACGAGAUGUUCAAGGACACGGUGCCCCCUGGUGAAAACCAGAACCUGAGCCCUGAGGAGAAGUCGGCCCUGAUGGCCAGCACCAAGUCUCCCAUCUCCUUCCUGAGCAAGCUAGGACAAAGCAUCUCCCGCAAACGCAACCCUAAGGAUAAGAAGGAGAAGGAUGUGGAAGGUGUGGGGAAGAGGAGGAAGACCAGCCAGUCUGGCCAGUCGGAAGAUGAGGAGGUUCCUUCGCGGGGUAGCCGUGACGACCGGCCCUCUCUGACCACGGCGCUGACGGAGCGGAGGCCGGAGGCGACGGUCGCCGGGAACAACAACAAAGUGAAGUCCAUGGCGACACAGCUGCUGGCCAAGUUCGAGGAGAACGCCCCGGUGCAGUCCACAGGCCUCAAGAGACAGAGCUCCCUGCGGAAGGAGUUCCCGCAGAACAUCGGCGGCAGCGACGUCUGCUUCUUCUGCCGGAAGCGGGUGUACGUGAUGGAGCGGCUGAGCGCCGAGGGCAAGUUCUUCCACCGCAGCUGCUUCAAGUGCGACUACUGCGGCACCACGCUGCGCCUCUCCUCCUACGCCUUCGACGUGGAGGACGGAAAGUUCUACUGCAAGCCUCACUACUGUUACCGGCUGUCUGGCCAAGCCCAGAGGAAGAGACCCGCCCCCACACCGGCGCCGCUCACUGCCAAGGAGAACCAGGCGCCCCUGCCUGCUCCCGUUUCCGUGGACGCCCCGGGACGGGCGACACCCGCGCCAGCCCCCGCGGAGCACCGGCCCCCAGCGGCGGAGGUGAACGGGCUGCAGGAGCCCAGCCUGGCCAAGCGUCUGCGCGGCACACCGGAGCGCAUCGAGCUGGAGAACUACCGCGUGUCGCUGCAGCGGGAGGAGGAGCUGGAGGAGGUGCCCGAGGAGACGCUGGCCGAGCACAACCUCAGCAGCGUGCUGGACAAGCCCGCCGACGUGGAGGAGGGCUCCAGCAGCUCCGAGUCGGAGAUGGAGGAGGAGGACGAGCAGCAGCGGGCGGCCUCUGACCUCGGGGGCGUGCCCUGGAAGGAGGCGGUGCAGCUGCACGCCAAGCUGAAGGGCACCAGCGAACCCGGCGGUGACGCCAACGCCGAGGAAGACGAGGAGGAGGAAGAGGAGGACGAGGAGGAUGACGACGAGGAGGAAGACGAGGAAUCCAGUGAUGCCCCCGCCCGCUCUUCUGCCCGUCACGAGGCCGUGAGAGCCUGGCUGGAGUCGGUGUCCGGAGAGCUCUGUGAGGAGGACGAUGACCCGGAAGCAGAAGCAGCAGGCCCUGACAUAGAGCCGGGCACUGAGCUGGAUGAAGAGGACAUCCCCUCGGAUGCCGAGGCAGAGGCUGGUCUGCAGCGGUUGGAGGAAGGAGAGGCGUUGCCAGAGGACAGGGCAGAGCCUGAGAGCCAGAGACGGGUGUCCGGUCUGGUACAAUCUCCCAUCGCUCCAGUGCAGUCGGUUGGAGAUGAAGUGAUUUUGCCGGUCAAAGACGUCAGGGAGCCUGAGGCCGAGGCCUCUCCUAAGUCUCAGACUCCUUUCUUGCUGAAAUCCCCUGGCGUGCGCUUCUUCCCAGAGCCGUUUGUGCCAGACGAAGUCAAGCUGCAGAAGACCUCUCUAAGCCCGGAUUCAAAGAGCCCCCUGUCCCCCGUCCUCGCCCCCACCGUGUCUCCCAUCCGAUCACAGCCUGUCCCUAUGCCGGAGAGCGUCCUGCCAAAAUCGCCCAUCCAAUCCCAGCCUUGCACCUGCGCCCCCACCACCAACCCCCUCUCGCCCAUCUGCACCCAGCCCCUGCCCUGCAACGAGCCCUCCACGCCCCUCUCCUCCGACUCCCCUGUCCGGACUCAGCCUGUUCCCGCGGUCACCUCCACGCCGCUGGCCAAGCCCCCCACGGAGAAGGCCCCGCCCGAGCCGCAGGACCCCCUGGAGCCUGCGGCGGAGACACCGGCCAAGAGGGCCGACAUCAUCGAGGAGUUCUGGAUGAAGAGCGCGGAGAUCAGGAAGAGCCUGGGGCUCUCCCCUCUGGAGAGGAGCAGAGGCCCCGAAAAGAGCCUGACGGCCCGCACCCCAGACUCCUCCUCCUCCCCGAGGUCCUACACCCCGGAGGAGGAGGUCAAACCCGCUUUCGCCGGCCGCGCCGUCAUCCGGAGGCUGAACAUCACCGUGGAGGGGCAGGUCAUCUGCCCCAUCGAUAAGGAGCCCAAGAGCAGCGGUUCGGACAGGAGGGACCUCAGCAGCAGCUCCGGCUUGGGCCUCAACGGCAGCCUGGCCACCAGCCAGACGGCGGCCAGCGAGAGCUACAACACCUCUGACUCCACCAUGCUGACCCCGCCCUCCAGCCCACCCCCCCCGCCGCCCGACGAGGAGCCAGCCUCCCUGAGGCAGAAGAAGCCCCAGGUUGGCUGGGAAAGCGUGCCCGAGCUCCCGGCCGAGCCAGACAAGAUACCUGUCACAACUUUGAUGCUCUCCCCGGAACCCAAGCCCAAGCCCAAACCCGCAGCCGCGCCCGUCCCGGCGCCCAGGACGGUGCAGGUCGCCGCCACCGUCGUCAUGAGGCGGGAGGUGAGCAAGCCGCGGCGUGAGGAGGCGCGCAAGUCCUUCAUCGAGAGCGUGGACGAGAUCCCCUUCGCCGACGACGUGGAGGACACCUACGAUGACAGGACCCCCGAGUCUAGCAUGCAGGAGAGGUUCUUCACCCCACCCACCAGCAAGGCCCCGCGGGACAAGCCCCCGCUCCACCUGGCCCUGGCCAUGGAGAACGGCAAGCCCAGCAUCACCGUCACCCUGGUCUCCAAGAAGCCCAGGGGCAUCUCCGAGUUCUCGCCAGAGGCUAAAGAGGUGGCCGAGGAACGGAUGAGGGCCAGGGAGAAGUCGGUGAAGAGCCAGGCCCUCAAGGAUGCCAUGGCCAAGCACCUCACCAAGAUGAAGGAGCUGGAGGUGUCCAAAGAAGGCGUGGCUAAAGCGGCCUCCAACGUUUCACCGGAGAUUUCUGGGAAAGCGAAGCCCCCACAGGCGUCCACCUCCCCGAAGACCUCGGCGGUGAAGGCCCUGGAGUCCCGGAAGCAAGCAGAGGCGCUGCCGGAAAGGUUCUUCACCGCCCAGGCCACCCGGAGCCUGGAGGGCUCGGGGGCAUCCUCGGAGAGCUCCACAGGCGGCAAGAGCAAGAAACGCAGCUCCCUCUUCUCGCCCCGCAAGAACAAGAAGGAGAAGAAGGCCAAGAGUGAGGGCCGGGUCUCCGACAAGCAGGGCCCAGAGGAGUCCCCGCCCAAGCACAAGUCCCUCUGGAAGACCGUCUUCUCAGGGUACAAGAAAGACAAGAAGAAGAAGGACGACAAGUCCCUGUCCAGCACCCCAUCCAGUGCCACGACCGUGGACUCGGGGAAGAGGAGAGCCUCGCCCCUCGGGAGGUCGUCAGAUCUCCUCUUGCGAAGGAACCUGAGCUUCUCGGAGGACUCGGACCUGUCCUGCGACGAUGUGCUGGAGAGGUCUUCCCAGAAGUCCAAGGCAGAUUCCCUUUAUGUCCCGCACGCCUUGGCGUUCAAGAGAGCGUACGCUGUGAAGAAAGCGUACACGGAGGAAGAGCUGAACGCCAAGCUGACACGGAGAGUGCAGAGAGCCGCCCGGCGACAGGCCAAGCAGGAGGAGCUCAAGAGACUGCACAGAGCCCAGAUUAUUCAGAGGCAGCUGGAGCAGGUGGAGGAGAAACAGAGACAGCUGGAGGAGCGGGGCGUGGCCGUGGAGAAGGCACUGCGAGGGGAAGCAGGGUUGUAUAAAGGGUCUAAUGUUAGUCAGAAACAGCACAAAAGAAGAUCAGACUAUUGGGGAGAGUCUAAUUACAGUGAAAUCCUGGACUUGCAUCUGGGCGGAAUGGGCAAGAAGGACGACCCCAAGCUCAUGCAGGAGUGGUUUAAACUGGUCCAGGAGAAAAACGCCUUGGUGCGCUACGAAUCCGAACUCAUGAUCUUUGCUCGGGAGCUGGAGCUGGAGGACCGCCAGAGCCGGCUGCAGCAGGAGCUGAGGGAACGCAUGGCUGUGGACGACCACCUGAAGACGGAGGAGGAGCUGGCGGAGGAGAAGCAGAUCCUGAACGAGAUGCUGGAGGUGGUGGAGCAGCGGGACUCGCUGGUGGCCCUGCUGGAGGUGCAGCGUCUGCGGGAGAAGGAGGAGGACAAGGACCUGGAGGCCGUCAUGCUCUCCAAGGGCUACAACCUCAACUGGGCCUGAGAGGGGGGGGGGGGGGGACGCCACACCCAGCGUGCUAAUGGGCUCCCCGUGACAUCACUUCCCCCCCUCAGGGCCACACCCCCCCUGCCCCGCCCACCUUGCCCAGGGCCGUGGAUGAGAGGAACGUGUACCUGACAUGCCUGCCUUUUUCUCUCGCGAAUCUAGAAAAGUUUACAUAUCGUCUCUGCUUGGAGCAGGCCUCAAACACCGCCCACCCCUCCCUCCUCCCCCACACUCCUACUUUCGGACCAUGCUGGCAGGAGGAGGAGCUAAAACCUAGUCUCUUUUCAAAACUUUCAGCGUCGUUCAGUUUUCUCCACAGCGCAAGAAGUCUUCAGGAGUUUACUUUUUGUUUUGUUUUUGCUUUUAAUUUUUUUUUUUUUAUUAUUAUCUUCCUAAUCAUGUUGAGGGGAAGGGGAGGGGGAAGGCAGGACAAAACCCUGCUGAUGCUGAGGAAGUGCGAGACCUGUCUCUGUGUGUAUAAACGUAUAGAACACGCCAGACGAGCAGAGGCUCUGAGAUGUGCUCUUUAUUUAUUGACUGGAACAGAGAGGGUCAGGUGACGCGCUCACAGCAUGCACUUCGACAGCACUCUUUACUGCUGGGGAACGCAAGAGUGGACCCCCCCCGUCUCGUCUCUCCUCCCCUCUCCCCCACCCCGCUUUCCCACAAUCCUCUGCCACUCGUCUUCUUCAGCUGCCUUUGUUUCUCGGCACGGGCUGUCGUCGGAACUCGGAGGAGGUGACCCGGGCGCUGCACCCUCGCGCCCCAGCGCAUCGGUCCGCAAGGCUCCGUGCGUCCCGGCAUCAGCAGAGCGGAUUUGUACUCCGGUUUCACGUUUAUACUGCUGUAUUUAUUAAACUCCAGUUUUUAAAUCAUGAAACGAAACCUUUUUUUUAAAAAAAAAACAUUAUUUCCCGCAUCGUUGUAAGAUGUAGACCGUGGUGCGGACUGCGCUGAUGGGAAGAGCCAGCUUUCUGUGGAGAGUUGUGACUGAGGACUGGCUUUCACAGGGCUACACAGGGAACCUUCAGGCUGCAAUGUAAGGUGACUCUGAGAUGCACAUGGUGGUGGGAUUAGUUGUCCUGUUGUCGUGGUAGGUUGUAUUUUUAGUGACUGUAGGUCUUGGUCUGCUCUUCAGGUCCCAGUGAUAAUGUAACCCCCCCCUUCUCUACCUGAAUUUAAGUUUGUAAUCAGAAGACCUGCUACCACACCUUCAUUCUAGGCCAAUCUUUUAUGCUUCAGAUUCGCUGCAUCCUCCUUCAUCUCUGCUGACGCAUCUGACAUUUAGAAAAAUUGUCAUCAUUUAAAAAAAAUAUAUAUGAUAAUAAAAUGUGAGGGUGAGUAAUCAGUUAAUUAAAGCUGUUAGGUAGACCAGAGGUGUGGGUGGAGGGGGGGAGACAGUGUUGCCUUAGGGGGUCUAUGCACUUGCAUUCAGAAAACGACGUCAGUUUGCACUGAAAUCACAUGACCGUGUGCCGGGUAUUCACCCAGCGUGCGGAGACGAUGCAGUGGCAAAUGAAUGCGCCACCAGACAGCAGACCCAGCCCAGACCUUCAGAAUCAUCAGGGUGAGGUUGCAGUACCUUGGUUGGCCACCGGGGGGGCAAGAUGCCUUUUCCAUUUGAGCUUCAGACACCAUUUCCACGAGAGUUUACAGUUCACUCCUGUUACACCUACAAUGUUUUCUCUAAAAUCCUUUUAUACGGUAGGCUAUGAACGUGUUCAGACCUUCUGAAUGAACAGCCUCCAAAUUGUGUUGCCUCUCGCUGAGAAGCAUGAAACGUUUGUUUUGGCAAAAUGCAAAAAAAAAAAAAAAAACGAACUUUAAUGCCUUGCUGCCAAAUCGUACGUCUCUGUGGUUGAUUACCAUUUUGCUGUUUUGCUGCACACACUCAGAGUUUGUGUAGAGGAGUCAGAAGAAUUGUGAGACAUAGUAAAACAAGUUAUACAAGUUCAGUACUGACUGUUUAGAAGCUGUGUGAUUCAUUU